AUGGAAUACGCAGAAAUUCCUGACAGUGCAGGAGAAGGUUGUAGAUGGGAAAAAUUAACUGUAGGAGAAUUUAAAAUUUGGUUAGCAAUUUUGAUAUAUACAGUAUGGGAUUUGAUUAAUGCAGGAAUGGAAGAAAGUAGUUCAUUGAAAAAACCAAAUACAUGGAGCCAAGUUGAAGAACUGGCACAAUUUAAUGAUAAAAAUAAUGAUCAUGCAACAAACCAGUAUGUAACAAAUAAUUUUGAACUUUCCUUAUUGAGAUUAUCUCUGAAUGGACAUUUACCUAAAUGGAGAAAAAAAAGAAAUAGUUGCGUGUAG